CAUUCCCAUUCACCCUCAUCACUACUCCUCAUUGGAAUCUCUAUCACCCUUCCCUCUUUCUCUCUCUCCAAAGUAAAAUUAAUCCUAGCAAACCUCUAUAUAUGUAAGCUAUACAUAACAUAACCCAUCAUCAAAGCAAGGAUAUCACAAAGACGCUUUUGCUUUGGGGCUUUGGUGUUUCAAUUGCAAUCUGUAAACAGAUCGCUAUCUGAGCUUGAAUUCGUCGCUCUUUUGCUUUCUUUCCGGCCUUCUUCUUUGUUUCUUGUUCUUGUUGGUUAAAGGGCUUCCCUCUUCAUAAUUAAUUUGUCGAAGAAAGACAUCAUGUCGAGCUGCAUCGCUGCUGUGCCUGAGCAACUCUGCUACAUCCCCUGCAACUUUUGCAAUAUUGUUCUCGCGGUGAGUGUUCCAUGCAGCAGCCUAUUUGACAUCGUGACCGUCCGAUGCGGGCACUGCACCAAUCUGUGGUCCGUGAAUAUGGCCGCUUCCUUUCAGUCACUGUCCUGGCAAGAUGUGCAGGCACAACACAACCAUAACGCACAGAACUACCGGAUUGAUUCGGGUUCAUCAUCCAAAGGCAACAAGAAGAUUGCAACCAGAGACUCCAUAUCUGCAGCCACUGAGGAAAGGGUUAACCGACCUCCGGAGAAGAGGCAGCGCGUUCCCUCUGCUUAUAAUCAGUUCAUAAAGGAGGAGAUUCAGAGAAUCAAGGCAAAUAACCCUGAUAUCAGCCAUAGAGAAGCUUUCAGCACUGCUGCCAAGAAUUGGGCGCACUUCCCUCAUAUUCAUUUUGGGAUGAUGUUGGAGACUAACAAUCAGGCUAAGCUGGACAAUGUAGGGCUCUGAGAAACGUCUGAUGUCUAGGGCUGCACUGCUGAAAUGAUCACUGUCAUGAUAAUUAUGGCUACAUAUAUUAGCAGUGAUCAACGGAUAUCAAAGUUCUUAGUACAAGAAAUGCUUUGACCCCUCACUUUGUUGUUUUAAGAACAUUCUUCUUCUUCUUCCUCUUCUUCACGUUUUUAGUACUUGUCACAAGUUAUGCUUAGCGGAUUGUUUUUAAUGACUAGAAAGUAAAAUAGACCGUAC